AUGCCAUCUCCAUCAACCGCUCUGUCGUCAGGAAGAAGUUAUGGCGCAAAAAACGUAUGGCAUGUCAUGAGCCACGGGUAUCGGGACCCAGAUAUUGACAGCACUUCCUCUCAUGAAGAUGAGCUUGAAAGCGCUGUGAACAAAGCGUGGGAUGAGUCAUUUACAAAUAAUGAUAAUCUUGUAUUCGGCACCCGCGAUCCGGCAGUCGACCUUUCGAAGUUACAUCCCGACCCUGUUCAGAUCUUCAGGCUUUGGCAGAUAUACCUGGACAACGUAAACCCGCUGCUCAAGGUUACACACACGCCCAGCCUGCAGGGACGCAUCAUUGAGGCCGCCAGCAACAUCUCCAAGAUAAGUCCAAUUUUGGAGGCACUCAUGUUCAGUAUCUACUGCACUUCAGUCUCGAGCCUUGCGGUCGAAGAGUGCCAGAGUCUGUUCAAUUGCCCGAAAGAAGACCUGUUGAUGAGAUAUCAACAUGGCUGCCAGCAAGCGCUGUUGAAUUGCUCCUUCUUACGGACGAACGACCGUGAAUGCUUGACCGCAUGGUUUCUCUACCUAAUCUCUCUCAAGCCAAAUACACUUCCUCAAUCCCUAUCAUCCAUGCUGGCCGUGGCCAUUCGCAUUGCACAACGCAUGGGCAUUCACAACGAGUCGGCACUGGCGAGGUACACGAUGCUUGAGGCGGAAAUGCGCCGAAGACUGUGGUGGUCGCUGGUUCUUUUCGAUACCCGCAUAAGUGAGAUCGCCAACUCCAAGACUGUCACGCUCGAUCCUACUUGGGACUGUAAGAUUCCCCUCAAUGUGAAUGAUUCUGACCUGCGGCCGGAGAUGACGAAAUUGCCCGCGAUGCAAGGAAAUACGACCGAGGCACUUUUCGCCGUCGUGCGCGGUGAGCUUGGUGAAGUGAUUCGCCAUUCUUCUUUUCAUCUCGAUUUCAUCGCUCCGGCGUUGAAGACCAACGCCAAUACUCUCCAGAGCGGACCGGAAGGAGAAGGGAGUGAGCUGGCCAAGCUGGAGGGGGCGAUUGAGGACCGUUACCUCAAGUACUGCGACCCGGAGCACCCGCUGCACCUCAUGACCAUGUGGACGACACGGGCCCAACUUGCCAAAUAUCGCCUCCUGGAACACCACUCACGCUGUUCCGGCUCGCCUGCGCGGCAGACGGAUGCGCAGCGUGACGCCGCUACUAUGCAUGCGCUUCGGAUGCUCGAAUGCGACACCAAGGUCAUGAGCUCACCGCUCACCAAGGGCUUCCGCUGGCUGAGCUCCUGCCACUUCCCGUUCCCCGCCUACAUCCAGAUUGCCCAGGACCUGCGAAGCCGACCGGUGAACCCGCAAGCUCGGCGCGCCUGGGACGUCAUGAGCGAGAACUACGAGGUGUGGUUCAGCUCCGACUUCCUACAAGACGGUCCCUUUUUCCGACUGUUCACGAAUUUGAUCCUUCAGGCGUGGAAGGCGUAUGAAACAGGCCCCAAGCAAUUUGAGAAUAUGUUCACACUACCCAAGAUCGUGUCAUCUAUCAGACACACGCUGUCGCAAAUCGCUCAGCCUGAACAGGAUGCGGCACCCACUGAUGAUGACCCGCCGAAGAGCAAUGCUACCGGCCCCCACGAAAUGGACUGGCUGGACCUCCCCACGCCACCAACCUCCUCCACACCUAUGCCGCCCACCCUGAUGGGCAUUUCGAACCAGAACCUGCUGCUGCAGCAGCAUGGUCGCGGGAUGCAGGACGAUUUCGCAAUGCCGGGCCCGCAGGGAUAUUUCAGCAUGCCAGCCCAAGAGGCGAUGGGUAGCAACAUAUAUCAGUGGGACUGGACUGGGUUGGGAGGACAGCCUGGCUGGGAGAGCUUUUGA